AUGCCAUUGCGAAAGUAUCGACUCGUCUCGUCCGUGAGCAAUAACGGCACCAGCAGCAGUGGCGCUAACACCUACAGUGGCAGUUCCAGCAGCGGCACGUUUACCCUCACGUCCACGAUAACGACCCUGGCGAAUGCGACCGGUGGCGCCAGUCCGGCGUCGAUCGGGCAACAUCACCACCACCAUCAUCUGCACCAUCAGGCGGCACAACAGCAGCCACACUUACAGCUGCAAACGACCAACGUGGCCGUUCUUCAAUCACGUCCACGGCAGCAGACGCAGCAGCAACAGCAGCUAUCCAACACCCACCAUUACCAUCACCAUCAUCACCACCAUCACCAUCAGCAGCAACAGCAGCAACAGUUGCUACAGCAAGCAUCAGUUACUACGGUGCAGGGACAAACGCGACUAGCGACGCAUUAUAGCGCUCACCAGCAGCAACUUCAACAUCAUCCGCAGCAGCAGCAGCAGCAGCAACAACAACAACAACAAGAGCAGCAUCAACAGGCGGUUGCCCUUGGAUCUCAUCAAACCCACCAUCACCAUCAACCGGUACCGGUGCAAAUUCUUCAAACCGUACCGGCAGCGGCCCCGCCCAUUGUGGACCCUUUGCCCCUUUGUCUGGAUGCUAACGGGACGUACCUCUGCACAUCCUACAAUCCCCGCUGUUACAUAAUUCAAAAGCUCACUCCAACACCGGUUAGCUGCAUCACGUACGAGGUGACGCCUAUCGCAGCACCACUGGUAGCUCAACCCUCAGUACUGACCGCUUCGAAUCGAUCAACUCCAGCGGGGAUCACUGCAGGACCAUCCGUUCAAACGAUCGCUAGCGUUGACGAGCUGCUUCCCUACAACAAAACUACUUCCAUUCCGCCAGUAACUACGGUUGGCGGUUCCGGGCUGGAACUGACCCCUUUACCACCUGAUAACGGCAGCAGUGGAGCUGGUAGUAACCAGCAUCACAACCAACAUCACAACUACACUAUCGGAGGCGAUGCAGCAGCGUCAGUGCCAGUAGUACAAACUGGCAGCAUACCAUCGGUAGCGAACCGGAUCGAAGGGAACCGUAGCGUUCCCAAAUCCAAUAGCAUUCAUGGUCAGGAUUCGGGAUUUGCGAACAUAAAGGUGAAGAAAGAUCCGACUAACAGCAAUAGCAGAAGGGUUUGUGCAGUCAUUCACGCUCCAAACGAUACCCAGACUGUUCCUGGGUGUGAUACUGGUGUUGCGAGUGCGGUCGGAAUAAAUGCAGGCAGUGAACUACUUAGCGCCACAGAGGAGAUCAGAACGGUCGUGCCGGUAGAUGCAAGCGCGUCAAAAACCGACGGUGAUACCAGUAGUAAUAGUUAUAAUCGUAAUGGAAGUAUAAUAUCUAGUGCCAACACAGUUCCGAAUCAGCAGCACUCGUUAUCUGGUGGUGAUGGUGCUCAUCGUGCCAGUGGUUCGGUUAUCACAAAAGUACAACGGAUCGUACAAUCGACUGGUGCAAGCGGAUCAAUCAGUUCUACAGGUAAGUGCUUAGAGGGCUUCGUGCUGAUGAAUGGUGGUGACAACACAACAGGCAAACUGUCCGCAAACGUUUCGACAGCGAUCUAUUCGGCUCCCGGUGUGGGAGCGGUCGUCGCUACAGCCACCACACCGACAGCAGCAAGCACAAUCAUAACGAGCGGAAUGUCCAGUAUGACGAUCGUUUCCCAGCAGCAGCAGCAACAAACACCACCAGCGACGGUGGAUUACAGCACCCUGAACGGAACCGGAACCACCACCACCACCUCGGUGGGUGUUGCCGCGAAUGAGACACCUUCGGCCGCCGCCACACCUGAAUACUACGCCGAAGGAACCACACCGACCGUUGGCAAUGCUACGACGCCCGUUACCAAUGCUGCAGCAGUAGCAGCCUCGGCAAACCCUAGUAAUAAUAGUUAUAGCACUCCCGCCCUCGUCAGUAGCCAUCCGUCGAGCAGCAACAAUAAUGGCGCCAGUAACAGUACGCAAUCAGUGAUGGUUGACGGUGGUAGUGCGAUAGUCGCCACCACCGCCGGUAGCAACGCCACCGACGUCGGUAAAGUGAUGUGGGACGGCGGGAUGGUGCCACCGCCGGCUCCGAACAGCAGUUCCAGUGAUAACAACAAUCCUUUAGAGAUGCCUUUAGAUCAGCUGAAGAACCUGUUGCAAACCCAGCUUGAUUACUAUUUUUCGCGAGAAAAUCUUGCGAACGACACAUAUCUCCUGACACAAAUGGACAACGAUCAGUACGUGCCAAUCUGGACCAUUGCGAACUUCAAUCAAGUGAAGAAGCUUACCAAGGACAUCAAACUGAUAACGGAGGUGCUGCGGGCAUCGCCGAACGUACAGGUGGACGAUGAAGGUUUAAAGGUGCGCCCGAACCAUAAACGGUGUAUCGUGAUAUUGCGCGAAAUAUCGGACAACACGCCGGUCGAGGAGGUUAAGAACAUUUUCCAAGGCGAAAAUUGUCCACGCUUUAUUUCUUGUGAAUUUGCCCACAACAACUCUUGGUACGUUACGUUCGAAUCGGACGAAGACGCUCAGCGUGCGUACCGGUACUUGCGCGAAGAUGUUAAGGAAUUCCAGGGCAAGCAAAUUAUGGCGCGAAUAAAGGCCAAACCAAUGAACCGGUUACCGAUCACCCCGGUUGGUGGUGUACCAAUGAAAAACGGAAUGAAUGGUUUCAGGACGACACCGCCACCGGGUGCACCAGUUUCGGCAGUAACCGUCAUUCCGCCGACCGCAGCUUCGGCGGCGGCUGCAGCGGCCGCAGCAGCAGCGGUAGCCGGUGUGUCUACCGCAACCUACGAUCCGGUAGGAUCUGCGGCAGUUAAUGCAUUAGCGUACUCCGGCACCCAGGGAUACAUACUGCAGCACAAUGCUCCGCUGCAGCCGGGUUACAACCCGGCGGUUCAUAUGUUUCCAUUCCAGCAACCGCCAUUGUAUAGCGGAUUUAUGCCAUCGUGGCAGCCCGCCACGGGCAAUUAUUUCGAAAUGAGCCCGUACAUGACUAAUGGAAUGCAGCCGGUGACGGUGUACUCAACCGGUGGAAGCACAACUGCGGGUGGUGGGGGUGGUGCGGCCGGUGGCGGUAAACAGCAGAACGGCAGGUACGGUGGUGUGCCAGGUGGUGGUGGUAGUGGCGGUGGCCACCGUCAAAAUCCUCGCAACAAACGCCAAUCACAGCAGCAACAGCACGGAAGCCUUGCCAACAAUGAGGGUCAAUCGGUUACAACGAACAAUAGUGUCACCGGUUCAACCGGCGGUAUGCAUCGGCAGCAGUCGAGCUAUCAGACGCAAAGCGCAGGUAGUGCGGGUGUUUCCACUUCCGGCGGUGUGCAGUCCCAGGUAGCCACUACCUAUCAAGCAUCUGCGGGUGCUGGGAAAAGUGCUGGACUGCUCGGCGGAAAACCUGCGACGGUCGGAACGACAACCGGGACGACCAUGACGGCAAUACCGGCCAUCGGUGGCAAUACGGUAUUCGUACCCCAGUACCCGCACUACGUUGCUGCACCGCUGCAACAUCAACAGCAGCAACAACUUUACAGUGGCCAACAGCAACAACCACCACAGUCCGAUGGAGGGAUGGAGCUACUCGUGCGGGAUAUGCAGCGAGCGCAUUUGUACGACGAGGACGGUGCAUCCGUCGGUGCCAACACGGUACUGGUGUUGCCAACCUAUGCUGCCAGUGGUAGCGCCAGCGGUGGCACUGCUGGUGGAGGCGGUGGAGGUCGCAAAAAUUCCAACACCAACGCAACGAAUGCUACCAUAAUGUCAAUCGAGAGUUCCCAGCAGCAACAUCAACAGCAAUCAUGGGUGUCGAAUCAACCGCGCCGGAAUCCCCGCCGAAGGAAGGACGAGAUGAUUACGCCAAUGGAAGGUGGCAACAGUGGUGUUGCAAGCGUUACCGGCAUGUACGGUACUGGUGGCGGGAGCAACAUGCGCCACACUACGGCCUAUAGCAGUAGUAGCAGUAACAAUAAUAACGGUAGCAGCAACAAUGGUGCUGCCAAUGUGAAUAAUACCAGUAGCAAUAAGGUUAUCAUGCAUACAACUAGUCUCAACCAAUUGACGCCUUCCACCGGUGGGGGAGGAAGUGGUGGGGGUGGUAAAUACCAGGGCCGCGGGGGUGCUGGACGCGGCAGUGAUAAUAAUGGAUAUGCCGGUGGUAUGAUGGUCCCGGACCAUCACGGUGGUGGUGCCAGUGGUGGUGGAUACCACUCGCAAGCGCAUAACACAACGCACCAUCAAAAUCGGAACGCGGCAGGAACGUCCGCAACGCCAUCCGGCGGACUGGUUGAUUCCAGCUCUUCCUUUCAACAACAGCAUGGUGCUGGCGCCGGAGGAGGUCACAAUAAGCAGCAAUUGCAGGAUAUGAUGCAUCAUCAGCAGCAGCAACAGCAGCAUCCACAGUACCACCAACAUCAAUUAAAUCAACAACCUCACCUUAGCCAUCAUCAACAAUCGCAGCAGUUGCAAUCGCACCAUGCAUCGUCCGCUGGUGCGAGCAAUCAUCAAGCGCAGCACAACAGCAACAGCAACCACGGCCAUCAUAAUCAGCAGGGUGUGGGACAAUCGCAGUCCCAGCAUCACCAGCAACAGCAACACCAUGUGUUGCAGCAAUCUGCUCAUCCAGUGCACACGCAGCAACAAUCGCAGGCCGCUGCUUCGCACCAUCCGAACCAUUACCAGCAGCAGCAGCAGCAGCAACAUCAGCAUCAUCAACAAACCGUGGGUGGUGGUGGAGGAGGUUCGUCGAACGUUGGUGGUAGCAAUGCCAACAGUGGUAGCAGUGCGGCCACCAGUUCCAGCAACAUAAACACCUCUAACGCUUCCCACAGCAGUACCAGUGUUCAGUUCGAUCUCGAACCAGCGGCAUUUCCACCUCUUCCGGGCCACGAAGGAAGAAGCAUCACCUCUACGGGGACGUCUAUUGGUGGCGGUGGUACUGCCGGAAACAAUACCACUGCUGGUGUAGGACGCUCAGGCUCCAAGGGAGGAGGAGGUGGAGGAGGAAAUGGUUCCUCUUCAACUCACAGCCAAACGGCACAUCACCAUUCGGGCGGUGGUGCUAUCACAAGUAAUACUUCCGGUGGAAGUUCCAGUGCCAGUUCCUCAUCUACCGCUGCACAUCGGGUUGAUGGACAAUCGGAAGGAGGACACUCAUCGAACAUUGCCGCAACCGGUGCGAGUUCCGUGGUUUCCAGUGGUGGAGUGCCAUCAGUUGCCGGCGCACCACCACCACCGCCAGUCGUAUCGGCUUGGGGUGAAAAUCAUCGGUUAGCGGAUGUUGUUAAAGGUACGGCGAAGGGCGUCCGGGCGCCAGGAGGUACCGCAACGGCAGCGGCAAUCGUGGCCGGAACUGCCACCGUGCCGGUCGUUUCCGCCAACAGUAGCAGUAGUAGCAACGAGCUUAGCCUGGUUAAUAAAAAUAGUGCGGUGGAGGCGAAAUCAAACGAAUCCGGUCCAACGAAUGGCGCUUCUGGUGCGUCUGGAAACGCUAAUAAUCAGCAUCAGAAUAAUCAUCUACCUGUGAUAAAGGGCAGCACGAAUGUCUCAACGAACGGUGGCAGUCAAACUGCUUCCUCUUCGUCCUCCUCCGCUACGACCACUUCGGUUGCCGCCAAUACUUCUGUUCCGACAGCUGCAAACACCGUCGCCGCUGCUACUACAGCUGAUAAAUCUACAAAGACUGACGUAUCGUUGUUGCAAAUGGCACCCGCUAGCACCGCGUCAACGACGACCCGGGCCACUUCCACUGCUACGUUAGACGCCACUAGCGGAUCGUCCUCCGCCUCGGUAGUAAAGGGAGAACCAGUGACUGUCUCUGCACCGCCGACAACGGCCAACGCGGCCACGAUGACAUCGACUGAUUUCAUUACCAAAUCCUCGUCGGCCUCCUUGACCUCCGUUGCGCCGUCCGCAACGACGGCUUCGUCGAAAAAAUCAUCGACAUCAUCUGCUGCCACCAACACCGUUCAGCAUCAGCAGACACCCAACGCUGCUGGUAAAUCGUCCAACAAUACGGUACCACCUCCACCACCGCCGACAUUUUCACUGCAAAACCACCCGCCGUUAGUUCCGCACGAUAGUGCUAUGAGCAGCAGCGCCAGUACGACCACUGUCGCCACUCCUCAGGUACGGCUAAGCUAUGCACAGGUAGCGCAGCAUUUGGCCGAACAAAGCAAGGAUAAGGAUCAGCAGCAGCACGCUGUGGCUCUUUCGUCCCAUAGUCAUGGUAGCGAUAAGGCGACUGUCUCUGCAAUGGGCAGCACCAACAGCACUCCCACCGCAACAGUAUCGGGUGGAGCGGAGAAAGAGAACAGCAGCAGUAGUGGAACGGUCGGCAGUUCUUUGUCGGUCGCAGAAAGCAAUGGUUCGUCGUCCGGAACGGGUACGACGGCGGCGGCGGCGGCAUCAUCUACCACUGGUGCUACCGUUACACACGGUACCACGAGUGGUGCAGCAGGUUCAACGAGCAACAACUCCGGAGGAUUUAUCGGAGUUGGAAGCAAGCGGAAAGAUUCAGGGUCCAGGGGCUCGGGUACGGGCACGACAGCGCACCACCAUCACGGGGAUGGCUUUCGAGAACAACGAGAUACGCGCUACAAUCAACAACACGGUGCAGGUGGAAACACUAAUGCACGCAACUCCAAAGAUUACCGUCAGUCUUCCGGUGGUGGCGGCGGCCACACCAAUGCCGUUGGAUCUUCCCUGCACGCGACCACUGCUGGUGGUGGGUUGAGAAAUGCCACUGCAGAGCAAAACAAUAACAAUCACUCGCAGCAUCACCAAGGUGGUGGUGGCGGUCGAAGUUUAGGCAACAACAAUAACCAUCAUAAUAACAACAAUAACACCGGCGCCGGAGGUGGUACUGGAAAGUCUCUUUCUGCUGGUGGCGGCGGCGGCGGUGGUGGUGGUGCCAGAGCGGUACGCUCACAUCAACUUAAAGACUAUCAGCCACACCAGCAAACCCACCACCAGACACACCCGCGCAGUCCCAAAUGAUGGCGCUUAAUAUGGAUCUAAACGUGGCACCGAAGAACUUCCUCUCACUCAACACACAACAUAUAAAGCGCAGCAUGAUGAUGCGUGGACGGUAACAUGCAUCACCAUAGAAAAAAGUCUCAAAUGGUACAGUUUUGAGCAUUGUUUGAUGAACCUCACCGCGGUUUGUCGAUAUGAAGGACGUAGGACUUUAGUGAAAGUAGCUAUAUGGUAGCGUAUGUGUGUAUAUUGCGGGGUUAAUCUACACCGGGGUAUGAAAGCAGUACACGAUGAGGACGGUGUACAGAGAACGUGUGCUUUUCUUUAGCGACAAUAUGUUUUUUGCUUGCCAUCACACAGGUAAGAGCAAAUCAUGGAUUCAUGGUUUCUCAAUUGUUUGUGUUUGUGUUUGUGUAUGUGUGGCAGUACGGUUUGCAAUCUCACAGACGAACUGCAACAUUAUGUUUUCUACCAGACACAAUUCUGUGGUUUGCUAGAUGAAAUGAGUAUAUGGUUAUAAAUGAUGCACAACUUUGAUCUAAUCGAUUGUCAUGCAAAUGCUAUCGUCGUCGCAUUUCUUUUCGUUUAAUUGUAACAAAAUUGUAGAUCUGUAGUAGAAGAUUACAGAAUACAACAACACCCAGGUAAGCAAGUAAAGCAAUGCUCAGAGAGAGAGGAGUUGCACGAGAAUCGCAAAACAGAUGAAAACAAAAAAAUACCCUGACUCGAAUCUCAAAGCAAAGAAAAAGCGUAUUACUCCGUGAUACAUAAGAAAAUGAAUUGGCACGUGCACAAAGCUGUCAACAUAACUUUAUAGUGCUGUUUUAGAAACAAUCGUUAUAAUUCUAUUUCAUUUGAUCACGUAUUCUUCCGUCGUCUGUGUAUUUGUUGGUUCAAAGACCUUGCUUGUUCGUUAGUUAGCCGGCGUUCGAGACCGGGAUUAAGCGUUAACGAUGUGUUAAACACAUUCGAUAUCCUUGCAUCCUUGCAAUAAAUUUACCCUCUCUGUGGUGGGUGGUUACUUAGCAAUAGUAAUCCCAUCCUUGCAAUAUACACAAAUACCAAAGCCAUACUACCAUUAACCCAUACGAACAACGGGUAUCAGUUGAGUGCUAACAGAGUGAAAGAAAAAGGUAGAAAGAGAGAGAGGGAGAGAGAUAAAAAGAAAGAGAGAGA